GCCGGAAGCGCGCGGCUGCGGCAGGGGAAGCAACCGAGAGCCCUCCUCCCGCCUGCUCUGUGCAGGAGACAGCUUGCGGAGCCCACUGCCGGCGCGCCGAGAGCCCAGCAGCUCUUGAGUCCGGGAAGCAAGGGUGGGCGGAGGGAGGAGCCGGUGGCAAGGACCCAGACCUGGACGACCCCCAGUGCCGAGCCAGCGGAGCUGCUUGCCCGGACAAUAAAGCAAGACCCUGUCUAAGGUCGACUCUGCCACCUGGAAGGUAUGGGACCUCGCAGUCUUCUCUAGGUUGCGUCUUUUUCACUGAAAUCACAAAAUCACUAAGUACUGCUCCUUGCAGAACAGGGCUAACUCAUGGGCAGUGAUCACACGGUCGGCUAAUUUGGCAUUUUCAUGAAGGACCGGGCGCAGCAUGGACACUCCCAGGCGGUUUCCGACGCUCGUGCAACUGAUGCAGCCAAAAGCAAUGCCAGUCGAGGUGCUUGGUCACCUUCCUAAGCGGUUCUCCUGGUUCCACUCUGAGUUCCUGAAGAAUCCGAAGGUAGUUCGCCUUGAGGUUUGGCUGGUGGAAAAGAUCUUCGGUGAGUGGAGCAAGGAGGGGCAGCCCCUAUGCGGCUUCUUUCUGCCGCCCACACCCACAUCCCACUGCGUUCCAGGGCAAGCCUCCCCGGUAGCCAAUGCCCUCUGGCUGUCUCCUCCUUCCACUUUCCCCUCCCAAGACCCCCGGGAGCCACCCAACCCUCACAGCCUCUCUGCUACCCGCGCAGGCAGGGACCGAGAACGCAUCCCGCACGUCCAGGGUAUGUCCCAAAUCUUGAUUCAUGUGAAUCGGUUGGACCCUAACGGCGAGGCUGAGAUCUUGGUAUUUGGGAGGCCUUCUUACCAGGAGGACACAAUCAAGAUGAUCAUGAACUUGGCUGACUAUCACCGACAGCUCCAGGCGAAAGGCUCAGGAAAGGCCCUCGCCCAGGAUGUCGCCACUAAGAAGGCCGAGACCCAGCUGUCUUCAACAGAAGUCCGGGAGGCCGGGACCCAGCGUUCGGUGGAGGUCCGGGAGGCCGGGACCCAGCGUUCGGUGGAGGUCCGGGAGGUCGGGACACAGGGUUCUCCGGAGGAGGUGCGGGAGACCGGGACCCAGCAGUCUCUCGAGGCUGCCAACCAGUCGGGGACCCAGCGAUCCCCCGAAGCUGCCAGCAAGGCAGUGACCCAGCGGUUUCGCGAGGAUGACCGGGCCCCAGUUACCAGAUUAUGAAGGCUUCUCGGGCCCUGGAGCCAGAGCCAGUCAGGGGUUAAAGUGAAAGCCCGUGCUUCGCCCAGAAGCUGCGGUUGGGAGGAGGAUGAUGUAGAUUUUUUGUUUUACCCCUUCUGUUGAAUGGUUGCAAACACAAACUUGAGUUCUAAUAAAGAAUUGCAAACUGGAAGCCGCCCCCUACUUCAGCCCCCGAAGCUGGGGUAAGGGUGGAUGAUGUGGAUUGUUGUUGUUGUUGUUGUUUUUUUUUUACCCAUUCUGUUGAAUGGCUGCAAACACAAACCUGAGUUCUAAUAAAUAAUUGCAAAGUGGAAGUCCCCCUCUACUUUAGUCCAGGAAGCCGGGGUGGCGGGGGAGGUUGACGUGGAUUGUUUUUGUUUUACACCUUCUGUUGAGUGGUUGUCAACACAAACUUGAAUUCUAAUAAACAAUUGCAUUUC